AUGUUAGGGGGCACCGACUCAGCCACUGGCUCUUCUGCGCAGACACAAUCACGGCAAAUUAUGGACAACCAGAAUCUUUACUCCGUCGCCGUUAAACGGCCGCGGGAGUCUCCCAGCGAUUUGCCGGAACGCGUCGACGAGGCGCCUCCAACGGACAACUCGAAGGCUAAGGCAACUCAACGGACUCCCGAAGAGUUCUUCCACGCCUACGUCACUGAGCUCGAACGCAUGAUAUCAUGGGCGAUCAGCAGCCUCAACCGCUCGCGGGCGGAGCUGCUGGAUGUGUGCUUCGUGGCGUACCUCGAGAUAUACGUGAAGCUCUUCCGCACGUCGGCGGAACACGGCCGGCGGUUCCUCAAGCAGUUCGCGUUCGUUUUCGAGGCAAAGUUCGGCCACUUCGUCAAGCAGCUGCUGGAGUUUUUGUUCCCCGACCAGCUGGCCAAUUCGCCACUGAUCCGGCAGCGCGUGUUCCUGCAGAAGAAGUACUACGUGAUCCUGUCUAAGCGGGCCAUGCGGGUCAUGCUGGGCUGGCUGAACAACAACGAGGGCUCCCUGGUGGACGACGUGAUCAAGGAGGGCGUGGAGUUCCUCGACGGCGAGACGUUCAACCACAGCCAGGGUCACCUGUUCAGGAGGCACUUUAUCGCAAAGCACGGCAUCGACCCCACGACGGCGCACAAGUUCAAGCGUCCGUUCCACGGGCUGUACAUCAGGGACUUCGACAACGAGCUCCGGGUGCACCAGUCCAAGAGCACGGAGCUGCUGGCCAAGGCCGAGGCGCCGUACGUGCCGCUGGGGCUGCCGGGCGAGCUGGUCGCGGAGGAGCUGCAGCAGGAGUACGGCAGGCAGAUGAUGGAGACCAUCACCGGCGAGCACGCCAUCAUCGAGGACCCCGACAAGCUGGUGCCGCUCCCCAAGCAGGGCACCGACUACCACCAGUCGCUGCGGGGCCUCCUGUACUGCCAGAGGGAGUGCCGGGUGCCCGAGGGGAAGUCGAUGCUGCUCAGCUACACGCUGCAGAACGUGCUCAGGAGCACCAGCUGCGCGAUUUCCGCCUUCGACGGCAGGUUCGCCGCGCUGGGUCUGGACGACGGCGGGAUCCUGCUCUGGGACCUCGUCACCUCGGAGUGCGCGAACGCGGUCAAGGACGUCGCGCCGGUGCUGGGCGAGAGCAUCGCCACGCGCUGCGUCACGAAGUGCGCCGGCAACACCACCGUGGCCCGGAUGAUGCACAGCAAGAGCGCGCCCGCCAACGGCGACCAGCAGAAGGAGGGCGCCGGCUCCGGCGAGGGCAUCUUGCACGGUCACGACGGCUCGGUGCAGAGCCUCAAGUUCGGCGAGUGCGGCCAGGUGAUGCUUUCCGGGGGCGUGGACGGCGAGGUGCGGCUGUGGGUCAUGGGCUCCAGGUCCACGCGGUGCGUGUACCGCGGCGGGGACAGCCCCGUCAUGGAGUUGGACUACUCGCCGUACGGGUUUUACUUCGCGUCGUGUGAGGCGGACGGCGCCGCCAGGCUCUGGGCCACCGACCGCAGCUUCCCGCUCCGGCUGCUGCGGACUGCCCAGGCCGACUGCCUGGGGCUCAAGUUCCACCCCAACUCGUCGCUGCUGGCCACGCCGUGCUCCGACGGCAACAUCCGGUUCUGGGACCUCCGCACGUCCGGCUGCGAGAUCGUCAUGGAGGCCGCCCCCUGCGGGUUCAGGUACAGCCACGCCCACAGCAACAUAAUCGCAAUCGCCAAGAACGGGCGCCUCUUCGCGGCCGCCAACGGCACGCACGUGUCGGUGUUCGACCUCUACCAGCGGAAACGGAUGCAGGUGCUGCUGGGCCACAGCGACCCCGUGAUCGCCAUGGACUUCAACCACGGCACCUCGGAGCUCGCGGUGUCGGACGGCGGCGUGGUCUCGCUCUGGAACGUCAAUGGAACGCGUGAUUGGCCCACGGAGACCACCGAGCCGGACAAGCAGGACCUGUUCACCAAGCGCAUCGAGCGGUUCGCCCAGUUCAACGACGACGGCGCCAUCAAGCUCACCAACGCGUUCAGGACCACCGACUCGCAGAUCAGGGAGGUCGCGUACACGCCGGAGAACGUGCUACUCACGCUCGGCCUAUCGACACUGCGGGACGUCGACAUGUGA